AUGACAGACAACAACAGCGCCAUGGCCACAGCGGCUUCCAGGGACGACGGCGCCCCCCAGCGGAGCCCAGUGCUGCCCGGCAACCUGGAGCGCUUCCCCCAAUUUUGUUUACACGCCUCGAGCUACUGCGAGGGCGAUUCCAGCGCCGGGCCGAACAACCACAACCACAACCCGCGUCACAGCAGCACCAGCACCGGCAGUAGCUUCACCGACAGACACAGUGGCGACUUUAGUUCCUGCCCAGGCUCUCCCCAACUGUCCAAAUCGUCGCGUUCCCCGACCGCAUCCAGCGUUUCCACCUCGGCCUCGAGCGUCGACGCCGAUUCGCCUCCACCGCCCUCGAAAAGGGACGAGCCCGAGGCCUCCCUCCGGCGACGCGCCCCCACCCAGCGGAGCAGGCGGGACAAGAAUCAGCUGCAUGCUGCACGGCAGCAGCGGUCAGGGAGCGACAGACAGCCACUGGGCUCCAAGAAGACAAAAGGGAGGCGCUUCCAGCGGAGUUCCAACAGCAGCCCUGCCGACGCCCUCGCUGCCGUUGAGCCUGCGCAUGAUCAAGGACUCGCGAGGAUGACCUUUGCCGAGCAGCAGCGGUGGAUUACCGUCCAGCAAAAGACGUUUACAAAAUGGCUGAACACGAAGCUCGAGGCCAGAGAACUCGAGGUUAAGGACCUCGUGGCUGAUCUCAGCGAUGGCGUCAUGCUGAUCCACCUCCUUGAAUGCCUGUCCAACGAGUCUCUCGGCCGCUAUGCCUCGAAACCAAAGCUGCGGGUGCAGCGGUUCGAGAAUGCCAACCUUGCCCUUGACUUCAUCAAGUCGAGGGGCAUCCAGAUGACCAACAUUGGCGCCGAAGACGUCGUCGACGGCAACCGCAAGAUUGUCCUGGGGCUCAUCUGGACCCUGAUUCUGCGCUUCACCAUCAGCGAAAUCAACGAGGAGGGCCUUUCCGCCAAGGAGGGACUGCUCCUCUGGUGCCAGCGGAAGACGGCAUGUUACGACGAAGUCGAGGUGCGAGACUUUAGCGCGAGCUGGAACGACGGGCUGGCCUUUUGCGCGCUCCUCGACAUCCACCGACCCGACCUCAUCGACUUUGACACUCUGGACAAGUCGGACCAUCGCGGCAACAUGCAGCUCGCCUUUGACAUUGCCCACGCCGAGAUUGGUAUCCCGAGGCUGCUCGAUGUCGAGGACGUGUGCGACGUGGCCAAGCCCGACGAGCGAAGUCUGAUGACGUACAUUGCCUACUGGUUCCACGCCUUUUCGCAGAUGGAAAAGGUAGAAAACGCAGGACGGCGAGUGGAAAAGUUUGUCAACAAUAUGCAGGGCGCCUGGGAGAUGCAGAGCGCGUACGAGCGGCGGAUGCGCCAACUGCUCAAGUCGGUGAAGCAGCAGGUGGAACACUGGCAACGAGCCAAGUUUGAAGGGACUUAUACUGACGCCAAGUCCCAAGCAACCGAGUUUGCCGCGUACAAGAGGGGCCAGAAGCGAGACUGGGUCGCUGAGAAGAGCGACCUCGCGACGCUGCUGGGCAACAUCAAGACCAAGCUGGGAACAUAUCGCCUCCGCCCCUACGAGCCACCGGCUGACCUGCGGCUCGACGUUCUCGAGCGAGACUGGGGCACCCUCACGCAGGCGGAGAUGAAGCGAGCCCAGCUCAUCAACGAGACGAUUCGAGACAUAAAAAAUGCCCUGCGAAAGUCGUUUGCCGACAAGGCCAACGAUCUCGCCCUGGCGCUCAACACGAUGCAGCUGGCGAUUUCGGGGCUGGACGGCGACGUCGAGGACCAGCUGCACCAUGUCAGGAGACUGAGCGACAACCUGGCGCCGUUAGACCGCUAUCUCGACACCAUUGCGGCCGUCGACGCCAAGUGCCAGGAGGCCAAUAUUGAGGAAAACGACUUUACGACGUACACGUACGACGAGCUUUCGUACGAGCUCGGGCUGGUGAAGUCGUCGGUGCAGAAGAAGCUGUCCUUUUUGCAGAACCAGAUGGUGGCGCGCAACAUGACGAACCUGACGCCGAUCCAGCUGGAAGAAUUUGAGAGCGUUUUCCGGCACUUUGACCGCGACGACACCAACUCGCUGCAGGCCCUCGAGUUUAGCGCGGCGCUGGCCUCGCUGGGGCUGGUCUUUUCCGAGGACGAGAUGCAGGAGUAUUUCUUGGAAACGUCCAACGGGCGCGACUACGUGACCUUUGAGCAGUUCAUCCGCUUCAUGGUGGACGUGACGGAGGACCAGAACACGGCGGAGCAGGUGUUCCAGUCGUUCCGGGAGGUGGCCGACGGCAAGCCGUACGUGACCGAGAUGGACCUGAGGCAUAGUCUGGUGCCGGACGAGGUGAUUGAUCAGCUAGUCGAGAUGAUGCCUUCGCACAAGGGGCCCGACAUGUCAGGGGACCGGGGCCAGCCGCAGUACGACUACAUCUCCUUCAUGGACAAGCUCAUCAACGACGAGCGCGAGGCGGAGGAGGCGCCGAGCAUGGUGCUGCAGGAGAGGACAAAUGUGGGCGACGCGAUGCCCCUGAAGGGCGGCAAGUUGAACGGCAAGGCCACGGCCUGA